UUGACAAAUGUACACGUUUUUCAUGUCUACACUGUUUUGUUAGGUCUGAAAAUCUGAAACCAGCAUCUGAGCAUAUACUAAAGAUAUUUUGAAAAACCAACAGAAAUUAAUUCCCUUCGAGCUAACUGAAAUUCCUUGGAUUUGUGGUUCCAUUCUGCAACAUCAACAGAUCUCUUCCAAGUAUACACAAAGUAUCUCAUGGCUAACACCAGUGGGAAGAAGCUUAUCAAAAUUGAUGUCAGUUCAGACACCGUGUGUCCAUGGUGUUUUGUAGGCAAGAAGAAUUUGGAUACAGCUAUUGAAUCAUCGAAGGAUCAAUUUGACUUCGAGGUUAGAUGGCAUCCAUAUAUGCUUAAUCCUUCUGCUCCAAAAGAAGGUGUUCUUAAGCGGGAUUUCUACAGGGAAAAGUUUGGAGCUCGGGUUCAACAAAUUGAAGGUCGAAUGACCGAGGUGUUCCGUGGAAUUGGGUACAACUAUGAUAUGUCUGGUCUCACGGGAAAUACAUUGGAUAGCCACAGGCUCAUCACUUUUGCCGGGCACCAGGGACUUGACAAGGAACAUGCUCUUGUGGAGGAAUUGGGCCUUGGCUAUUUCACAAAGGGAAGAUACAUAGGAGACAGAGACUUUCUUGUUGAAGCUGCUAGCAAGGUUGGGAUUGAGGGGGCUGCAGAAUUCCUUGAAAAUCCUAACAAUGGGCUCAAUGAGGUUCAUGAGGAGCUACAAAAGUAUUCGACACAGAUUUCUGGAGUCCCUUUUUAUGUGAUUAAUGGAAAGCACAAGCUCAGUGGUGGCCAACCGCCAGAGGUGUUCCUGAAAACUUUUCAAGCGGCUGCAAAUGACAACAGCUCUUAAUCCAUGUGCAAGAAGAACUUAUAUUUGAUGCUGCUACUACCACUACCAUCUGAUGAAAUUGUUAUCUUGUAAAACAUGACUCUUUUUUUCCGGCGUCUCUCCAAGUAGUUUUUAUUGUAAGAACACAAACAUGGAACAUUAAGAAAACAUGCCUGAAUUAUUUUGCUACUCAGAUGAACUCAAAAUUUUCCUU